AUGUCGGCAAUAGCUGCUGAAGGGGUGGUAACGUAUGGUCCGUGGGGAGGGACAGGUCAGUAUGAUUGCGACGGUGAAGCUGUAUGGGGACCAAACAUGGCGGGACUGGAGGUUAUAAAAGUGACAAGAAGGAAGGUCAAUGUCGAGACUGAGAUACAGACACCACCUGUCACAAAUACUCCUAAUAAUUGCACUGCAAUCAUCCCAAAGGAGCCUGCAGGGGCCAUCACAGAGGUGGACAAUCCUCACUGGUCUAACAAGCUGCUAAUGACAAACAGAGGAAAAGGUGAAGAGAAACACCCCAUGUGGACCAGGGCCAUGGGGGGAGAUGGAGGCAGAGCAUGGGAUGAUGGAGUGUUUUCUGGGAUUAGGCAGAUUCAUUUGACAAGAGCAGCAGAGGGCAUUUGCUCAGUGCAGAUUGAGUAUGAUCGAAACGGUCAAUUCAUUUGGUCCGCUAAGCAUGGAGGCAAUGGAGGAACUGCCCCACAUCGAAUUAAAUUGGAGUAUCCUCAUGAAGUGCUGACUUGUAUAUCUGGGUAUUAUGGUUGCAUUAGUAAAAACGAGCGACCUCAAAUUAUAAAGUCUUUGACAUUUUAUACCAGCAGAGGCAAGUAUGGUCCAUUUGGGGAAGAAGUUGGGACAUUUUUCACUUCAACUACCACAGAGGGCAAGGUGGUGGGCUUGCAUGGCAGGAGCAGCUUGUAUUUGGAUGCCAUUGGAGUUCAUAUGCAACAUUGGCUGGGAAGUGGCCAGAAAACCUCCAAGAUCUCUCUCUUCAAGAAAUUCUGA